GAGCGACGAGAAUCGACAUUUCCGCAAUCAACACCGCAACAAUGGCACGAUCCAAGGCAGUAGCAAAGAAAGAGACGAAGAAGGCCGAGGCGCCCGUUGCCACCAAGGAUGUGAGCAGCACACCCUACCAGCUGGACCCGGCGCAGGUCGAGCGGGCGGCAAAGGCCCUCGUUGCGCAUAUGAAGAAGCACGCGCAGGAGAAGGAGAGCAAGGACGGGAAGAAGAACUUGGCUGCCGACGAGGACGAGGCCGAGGACAACGACCAGCCCAUCUUCCUCAGCGUCUCCACCAAGCAGCACGUCAGCAAUACCAACCGUCUGAAGCCUGCCAAACUCCCUCUUCCUCACCCAAUCAUCGCCAGCGACGCCAAGAUUUGCAUCUUCACAAAGGACCCGCAGCGGGCGUACAAAGACCUCGUCGCCUCUGAUGCUUUCCCAGCUACCCUCCGCGAGAAAGUCGGGCGCGUGAUUGGCAUCGACAAGCUGAAGAAGAAGUUCAAGUCCUUCGAGCAGAAGCGCGCUCUCCUGACUGACUACGAUGUCUUCAUGGUCGACGACCGUGUCAUCAAGAUUGUCGCCGAGUUCCUCGGGAAGACCUUCUACCAGAGCAAGGCCAAGCGACCAAUCCCCAUCAGGCUCACCGCAGGCGCCUUCGUCGACAAGACGGCCCAGAAGGACAAGAAGGAGCCCCAGAACGUGGUUGGAACACCCCAAGGCGUGGCCAAGGAGAUCGAGGCCGCACUCAACUCGACAUACCUCAGCAUGAGCGCAUCAGCCAACACCUCAAUCAAGAUCGGCAGGCUCUCCAUGACCGCCGACCAGAUCAAGGAGAACACUGAAGCUGUCAUUGCCGCCAUCAUCCCGAAACACAUUGAGCAAGGCUGGAAGAACAUCCGCUCGCUGCACAUCAAGGGCCCCGCCACAAAAGCCCUGCCCGUCUGGCUCGCUGAUGAGCUCUGGGCCGACGAGGCCCAAGUCCUCGAGCAGCCAUGGAGGGGCGCCAUCACCGCCGGCGAGAAGGGCAAGUCUGCCGAGCGCAAGAGGAAGUGGGAUGAGUGGGAGGAGGAGCUGCUGGACGACGAUGUGCUCGAGGUCAGGAAGGCCAAGAGAGAGGCCAAGAAGGCGAAGAAGGACAAGGCGCCAGAGAAGAAGAGCUCCAUCAGCAAGGAGAAGAGGAAGGCGCUGAAGAAGGAGGCACUCUCGUCGGUGCAGACACCGUUGAUUGCGGGUUGAGUGCGUGGCUCGCGCGUGGCACUUGCAUAAGACGGCGCAUGGGUGUUGGCGUUCGGGCGCUCAAAAUACUGGUUUCAAGCUGGUGUGAUAUACCACGUACGAGUCUUUGGUAGUUCAUAGACAUAUUGCCUUGUUCACAUUACGCCUCGCCCUGUCGUACUCAUACUAUACAUCGUGUUACAGUUACCUUGACCCAAUACACAUUACUCCCAAAACGCCUUGCCAACUCACACUCCCCACGAUCUCACAGCUCAACAACCUCCUGCUCACUCACUCCCUCCCAACUCGCCUUCUCCGCCGAGAAGUACGUCUCGAAAACAUC